AUGCAGCCCAUAUUCAAUGGCAUCUUUCUCCUGGGCCUCGCCCUCACUGCCAGCCAAGCUGGUGCACAGUACCUCCGUGCUCCCGUCGUCCAUGGUAACAUCCCUGUGACCUACAAGGCGACCCUGCUCGACAAGAAUACUACUGGCAUCCGCGGCACCAUCAGCGGGUCUGGGGGACCCGACGGCGUCGGGGCUAAAUUUCGGGUCAAUUUCACCGGCUUUCCUGAUGAAAGUCUCUACGGACCAUUCAUCUACCAUAUCCACAUGGAACCAGUGCCAGAGGAUGGAAACUGCACUGAAACCCUGUCCCAUCUCGACCCCUACAACCGUGGCGAGCAGCCUGCAUGCAAUGCCAGCGAGCCUGCCACUUGCCAGCUGGGUGACCUGAGUGGAAAACAUGGGUCCAUUGUCGCUGUUGACGACGAGCCCUUCUUCGCCGAGUACAUCGACUACUACCUGUCGACCACCCCGGACAACAUCGCGUUUUUUGGCAAUCUCUCUGUGGUCGUGCACACGGCCAACGCGACUCGACUCAACUGUGGCAAUUUCGAGCUUGUGGAGGAUGACGGCGAAGAUGUAAUGCCAAAAACGGCGACCGCCACUGCGACUGCGACUGUCAGCACCACGACUGUCACGGUCAGUCCUACCCCAGCCCCGUUUCAUGCCGCGGCACCCCGUACGCGCGAGCUCUCGGCCGGGGCGGCUAUUCUGGCCGGUGUAUUUUCCGUGGCAGUUUGGGUAUUUACCUAG